AGUAUAAGUGGUUGUCUAACAUCGAGAAAAAUGGCUCAAUCGCAAGUUCGCCAAAAUUUUCAUAAAGACUGCGAAGACGCAAUAAAUAAGCAAAUAAACGUCGAGCUCAAUGCCUUUUACACGUAUCUGUCGAUGGCUUAUCAUUUCCAAAGGGAUGAUGUGGCUCUUCCCGGCCUGUACAAGUACUUUAAGGCUUGUUCGGACGAGGAGCGCGACCAUGCCCAUAAGCUGAUGGAAUAUCUGAAUAAAAGGGGCGGUCGUUUGGUCCUCACGGACAUCCCAGCUCCUGAAAAGCAGGACUGGGGGACGGCUCAGGAGGCAAUGUGUGCCGCACUAGACCUCGAAAAGCGAGUAAACGAAAGCUUGUUGGUCCUGCACAGUACGGCUUCAGGUCACAUGGAUGUGAAUCUGUGCGACUUCCUGGAGACACAUUACUUGCAAGAACAAGUUGACGCAAUUAAGGAAAUCGCAGAUCAUGUGACCAACUUGAAGCGCGUGGGGGAAGGCCUGGGGGUCUACAUGUUCGACCGCACUUUGGCCGAUGAAUAAUUUUUAAAUAUUUAUGUUUCACCCCUAAAUGUUACGCAUUGAGUUGCAAUAUUUCCAGAGAAAAAAUAUAUGUAUACCACCGAUAGACUGAUAGAAUCUCAUGUGUUACGCUUACACUGAAAUAUUUUUUAACUUUAAGUGCUUAUGUAACUUAUUGUGAUUAACGAAGUGAUGAAUAAAGCGUCAAUUACCA